AUAUCGCACAAGGAUUUAUUUGUUUUCUUUCAUCCAGAGCAGUCGUCUUCCUCUUACUCUCACUCUCUUUAUUCUCUCUUUUCUCUCACUCUCCAUUUAAGCUUUCCUCUUUUAUACAAACAGAUUCUCCUCCAUUUUCUUCACCUCUAAGUUCGAUUCCCCUUCACGACUUGCGGCUCUUUAUAUAACAAAUCAGAAGAAAAUCUCAACUUUUCUUCUUUUUUUUUUUUGUUUUUUGUUUUUUGUUUUGGUUUUUGUUGGGUUGAAGUAUACAGCUCCCGUUCGUCUUGUGGGUAACUCAGGAACUAAUCCCUGACGUUAAUGCUCACGUUUUCCCAUAACAUUCUUACACUUAAUGUGUACCCGAUGUUCGUAGCAGCACAUUGUGCCUCUCUAACAGAUUUGCAGAGCUUUAAUGGCGGAUCUGGAGCUCAACUUCCUCGAUUCGCGUGCUAAUGCCGUUAAUAGCUCCAUUAAUUAUGCCCCUUUUUCGCGUUUCUGUCUUCGGUUUUAGCUCAACGGAGCUAUAACGGCUACUCUUUACCUUCAAGCUGUCAAAAAAUACCGUACAUUCCCAUGAAAGACCCAGGAAGGGAAGAAAACAUGCAGAUACUACAAAUUUGUUACCAUAAUCAAUUCUGCAAACCCUGUUCUGUGCAACAUCCCAUGAAAUAUUUUCACUCUUCGGUAUUGUUUUUCUUCCUUGUUGUGUCGAUGCUCUCUCUUGCUUUUGCUGAUCUUGAGUCAGAUAAGCAAGCCCUUCUUGACUUCGCUGAUGCUGUCCCUCAUCUUCGGAAACUCAAUUGGAAUGCUACUACUCCAAUCUGUGCAUCCUGGGUAGGCAUCACAUGCACUCAAGGUCAUGCCCGUGUGAUAGCACUCCGGCUUCCAGGAAUUGGACUUGUUGGUCCUAUUCCAGCCAAUACACUUGGUAAACUAGAUGCCCUCAGGGUUCUUAGCCUGCGUUCCAACAUCCUGAGUGGUAAUCUUCCAUCUGAUAUUACAUCUCUUCCAUCACUCCAUUACCUCUAUCUGCAACGCAAUAACUUCUCUGGUGAUAUUCCUUCCUUCUUUUCCUCCCGGCUCAAUGUACUGGAUCUCUCAUAUAAUGCUUUCACAGGGAAAAUUCCUGAGACAUUACGAAAUCUGACUCAGUUGACAGGAUUGAGCCUUCAGAACAACUCCCUUUCGGGACCCAUUCCUGAUAGUGAUUAUCAUAGUCUUAAGCAUUUGAAUUUGAGUUACAACCAUCUUAAUGGGUCAAUUCCUUCGUCACUUCAAAGGUUCUCAAAUUCAUCCUUUGUAGGUAACUCUUUCUUGUGCGGACUACCUCUAAAAGGCUGCUCCCCUAUCCUUCCUCCACCUUCCCCAUCACCUACCAAGUCACCUCCACCAUCGCCCAUGUUUCCUGGAAAAGAAAGCUCCAAAAAUAAACUGCAUUUAGGAGCUAUCAUUGCAAUUGCAGCUGCGGGGGCUGCUGUGCUGUUUCUUUUGGCAAUAAUUAUCCUAUGCUGCUGUAUUAAGAAAAAAGAUCAGGGAGGCAGUGGUGUGUUAAAAGGGAAGUCAACCAGUGGUGGCAGGAGUGAGAAGCCAAAAGAAGAAUUUGGGAGUGGAGUUCAAGAACCUGAGAAAAAUAAGCUGGUUUUCUUUGAAGGUUGUUCCUAUAAUUUUGAUCUUGAGGAUUUAUUAAGGGCUUCAGCUGAGGUGUUGGGAAAGGGUAGCUAUGGCACAGCAUAUAAGGCUGUCUUGGAAGAGUCAACAACAGUGGUGGUGAAGAGAUUGAAAGAAGUAGUAGUGGGCAAGAGAGAAUUUGAACAGCAGAUGGAGAUUGUAGGAAGGGUUGGACAGCACCCAAAUGUUGUGCCACUCCGNNAUUAUCCAUUAACCUGUACUGAAAUUUUUUAUAUUUGCAACUGUUUCUACUGAAAUUUUCUUUUGUGGCAUCUUCUCAUUUGAUUGUUUUUUACAGGAAACAGAGGACCUGGAAGAACUCCACUAGACUGGGAUACAAGAGUAAAAAUCUCUCUUGGAAUUGCUAGAGGAAUUGCCCACCUCCAUUCUCUGGGUGGUCCAAAAUUUACCCAUGGAAAUAUAAAGUCCUCAAACGUACUCCUCAACCAAGAUCUUGAGAGUGGCAUCUCUGAUUUUGGCCUUACUCCUCUUAUGAAUGCACCUGUUACCCCAUCUCGGAGUGCAGGGUAUCGAGCACCUGAGGUGAUUGAAACCCGUAAACACACUCACAAGUCAGAUGUGUAUAGCUUUGGUGUCCUCCUACUUGAGAUGCUCACUGGAAAAGCUCCCCUCCAGUCCCCAGGGCGAGAUGAUAUGGUUGAUCUUCCUAGGUGGGUGCAAUCCGUGGUGAGGGAGGAGUGGACGGCUGAGGUUUUUGAUGUUGAGUUGAUGAGAUUCCAAAACAUCGAAGAAGAAAUGGUGCAAAUGUUGCAAAUUGCAAUGGCAUGUGUGUCAAAGGUGCCUGACAUGCGACCCAAUAUGGAUGAUGUUGUCAAAAUGAUUGAAGAGGUCCGGCAAUCUGACUCAGAGAACCGGCCAUCCUCCGAAGAGAAUAAAUCCAAGGAUUCAAAUGUGCAGACACCAUGAUCUCUUAUAAUUGCUGAUGCUUGACUUCAUCAAGUUUAAGAUCCAUUGUCUCGCAUUGUAAGGUUGUCUUAAUUAAUUAUUCAAAAAUCACAAGCAUAUUUGUGGUUUCUUAGGUGUGAAUCUGUCCAAUUGAGAGAAUUUGUUCAUCUUCUUUUUAGGGAUUUAGGCUUCUGAAUUUUAAAAUUCAUUAGAUAAGGUACCAUUUUCUUUUUCAUGAUUUGUUGUACUAUUUCCUUUUUCUUCUUCAACAUUGUGAAUGAAAUUGAUGAUAUAAGCUCACAUUAAGAACUUUCUGUGUGCAA